GACAGCGAGAGGGUGGGACGACACGACCCAGUUGGGCCGGGACCGGAGCUUGGCUUGCUUCCAAGUCAAGUCGUCGUUGCCACCUCCGGUCUUUCCAUUUUGGCUUCAUUGUGUGCACACCCCAUCAUGAGGCGCAUCGUGGAAUUCGGUUGUGGUGCCGGUGGUUGUUCUGCGCUCCCGAGCUUUUGAUAAGUGUCUGGGCGACCUAAAACCGCACCCCGGGCCGGGAGCUCGGCCGCGGUUCGCGCAUGGAGGCAGCAACUGGAUGCAGUGGAGGGAUGAGGGGUUUGGCUCUUGGCGUCGUCUUGGUGCUCUCGGCGUGUGUCCGAGCAUGCCAUGGCAUGACAGACAGCGAGGACACUUCUGUUCUCCGGGCGUUGAUGGAUCAGUGGCAGAACGCGCCACCGACCUGGGGACAGUCCGACGAUCCAUGCGGCGAUUCGCCAUGGGAAGGAGUGGCAUGCAGCAGCAACAAAGUGAUCUCCAUAAAACUGUCCACUAUGGGCAUCGAAGGAGCUCUAGCUGCUGACAUAGGGCAGCUCAGUGGCCUGCAAUCCCUGGACCUGUCAUUCAACAAGGACCUCGGCGGUGUGCUCACUCCGACCAUUGGAAACUUGAAGCAGCUCACCACCUUGAUUCUAGCCGGUUGCAGUUUCCAUGGCACCAUACCGGAUGAGCUUGGGAGUUUGCCAAAGUUGUCCUACAUGGCAUUGAACUCAAAUCAGUUCUCUGGAAAAAUACCAGCUUCACUGGGAAAUCUCUCCAGCCUCUAUUGGUUUGAUAUCGCCGACAAUCAAUUGAGCGGUCCCUUGCCGAUUUCGACAAGUGAUGGAAUGGGUCUAGACAAGCUCUUCAACACCAAACACUUUCACUUCAACAAGAACCAAUUGUCUGGUCCAAUCCCUGAUGCUCUCUUGAGCCCUGAGAUGACACUGAUCCAUCUACUCUUGGAUGGAAAUAAAUUCACCGGGAGUAUCCCAGACUCUCUUGGACUUGUCAGUACACUUGAAGUUGUCCGGCUGGACAGAAAUUCCCUCUCUGGCCCAGUUCCUUUAAAUCUGAAUAACCUCACCAAAGUAAAUGAGCUCAACUUAGCCAACAACCAGCUGACCGGACCAUUGCCAGAUCUAUCUGGGAUGGCUCUUCUCAAUUACGUUGAUCUGAGCAACAACACAUUUGAUCCUUCCCCGAGCCCACCAUGGUUUUGGAAGUUGCCACAGCUCUCAGCUUUGAUCAUACAGUCUGGAAGGCUCUACGGUCCCGUGCCGACAAGGCUGUUCAGCAGUCCACAGUUGCAGCAAGUGAUCCUCGAUGGAAACGCGUUCAACGGCACACUGGACAUGGGCAUCAGCAUCAGCAGCGAGCUGAGCCUCGUGAGCUUCAAGGACAACGAGUUCUCCGCCUACACGGUGACCGCCGGCUACAACGGCACACUUGCGCUUGCCGGGAACCCGGUGUGCGAGCGCCUGCCGAACACGCCGUACUGCAACGUGAAGCAGCGGCUGGAAGCGGUGCCGUACUCUACGAGCCUGGUGAAGUGCUUAUCGGGGUCGUGCCCGGCGGGGCAGAGCCUGAGCCCGCAGAGCUGCGCGUGCGCGUACCCGUACCAGGGGGUCAUGUACUUCCGCGCGCCCUUCUUCCGGGACGUGACCAACGGCACCGCGUUCCAGGCACUGGAGAUUAAGCUGUGGACCAAACUGAGCCUCACCCCAGGCUCCGUCUACCUGCAGGACCCCUCCUUCAACAGCGACUCCUACAUGGUGGUGCAGGUCAAGCUCUUCCCCUCCGGCAGCAGCGCCUACUUUAACCGCUCCGAGGUCAUUCGCAUCGGUUUCGACCUCAGCAACCAGACUUUCAAGCCGCCCAAGGAGUUUGGACCCUACUACUUCAUCGCCUCGCCGUAUCCCUUCCCAGAAAACGGGUCGUCGUCGAAGAGCAAGGGCGUGAUCAUCGGGAUAGCGGUGGGCUGCGGCGUCCUGGGACUUGCGCUCGCCGGAGCGGCCGUCUAUGCGUUUGUGCAGAGGCGGCGGGCGCAGAAGGCGAAGCAGGAGCUCGGCGGGCCUUUCGCGUCGUGGGCUCGGAGCGAAGAGAGGGGCGGCGCUCCGCGGCUGAAAGGGGCGAGGUGGUUCUCCUACGAGGAGCUCAAGAAGAGCACCAACAACUUCGCCGAAGCAAACGAGCUCGGCUACGGCGGGUACGGCAAGGUUUACAGGGGCAUGCUGCCGACGGGGCAGUUCAUCGCCAUCAAGAGGGCGCAGCAAGGGUCCAUGCAGGGCGGGCAGGAGUUCAAGACGGAGAUCGAGCUGCUCUCGCGCGUGCACCACAAGAACCUCGUUGGCCUCGUUGGCUUCUGCUUCGAGCAGGGGGAGCAGAUGCUCGUCUACGAGUUCAUACCCGGCGGCACGGUGCGCGACAGCCUCUCCGGUAAGAGCGGGCUGCAUCUGGACUGGAAGAAGCGGCUCCGGGUGGCGCUCGGCGCGGCGCGCGGACUGGCCUACCUUCACGAGCUCGCCGACCCUCCGAUCAUCCACCGGGACGUCAAAUCCAGCAACAUCCUCAUGGACGAGCACCUCACGGCCAAGGUCGCCGACUUCGGCCUCUCCAAGUUAGUGUCGGACAGCGAGAGGGGCCACGUCAGUACCCAAGUGAAAGGAACACUGGGCUAUCUGGAUCCUGAAUAUUACAUGUCGCAGCAACUUACCGAGAAGAGCGACGUUUACAGUUUCGGCGUGGUAAUGCUCGAACUGAUCGUCGCGAAGCAGCCGAUCGAGAAGGGCAAGUACAUCGUCCGCGAGGUGAAGAGGAUUUUGGACGCCUCUGACACCGAGUUCUGCGGUCUCAAGGACAUGAUAGAUGCCAGGAUCAUGAACACCACCAGUCUCGCGGCGUUCAGCAAGUUUGUUCAGCUGGCCCUCAAGUGCCUGGACGAGGUGGCCACGGCCCGACCGUCCAUGAGCGACAUCGUCAAGGAGAUCGAGAUGAUGCUGCAGAGCGAGGGGCUUAGCAGCGCCUCGACGUCCGCCUCAACAUCUGCAACUGAUUUCGAAGUCACAAAGGGAGCUCCUCGCCAUCCUUACAAUGAUGCUCUCCUUAAGGACAAGGACGUAAGCACCGACUCAUUCGACUAUAGCGGAGGAUAUUCCUUCCAAUCCAAGAUCGAACCAAAAUAGCUGAUUUCUGGAUUAAGAUUCUCUUUUCCUCGUCCUUUUUCUUCCUCCUCAGCAAGUGGCUUGAAGAAUAUGUAGAGAUAUGAAGAAUUUUUUUAUUGUAUGCGUGCGCUCGGUACUUGUUGCACUCUGAUUCUGUAUGGUGAUGUUCUGAUGUAUGGUUAGAAGAAACAUCAAGAACGAACCUAGUUGCCUCUAAAGUGUUACACUUACUGUAAUUUUUGGACUAAAUGUACCACUGGAGGCCACCAAGGAAUUUAUAGAGCAAAGAUGACA